AUGAAAAAGGUAUAUGUAGAACCACUGGAUCAGUUUCACUUCUCCGUGAGAUGUGCACGUAAUUUCGGAUACAUCAUAUAUUUGAAUGAUAACACGUGCACCUGUAAACAGUUUCAAUUGGAGAGUUUUCCGUAUACACAUGCAGUGGAAGUGGCUAUGCAUAGAGGACUUCCACCGUGUACCUUAUGUAGUGCGUAUUACAUGACUAAUUAUUGGAGAGCAACGUGUGCGGAAGCAAUAUUUCUUGUACCAAACGAAGUCGAGUGGGAAGUUCCCGACCACAUUCUCCCGCUGAAUAACUUGUUGCCACCAGCAGUCGGAUCACGUACUCCUGGAUGUACACGUACGUCUAGAAUACCAUCUACCAAAGAGUUUCCCCAGCCUCAUAAGUGCGAUAGGUGCGGUGCAAUAGGGCAUACUAGAAGAUAUUGUACAAAUCAGAUUCAUCUGCAUAACAAUGUAACGGAUGUGUAA